AUGCCCUUCACGUAUCAGCCCCUGCAAGACAGCAGGCGGGAUAUUCGGCUCCUGGAAAUCAACGCCUAUGAUACAGCGCAGGAACGCAUCAGUUGCUCCAUCACUCACAAGGCCGUAGGCAGCGAUACCGACUUCACGGCAUUGUCGUACGUCUGGGGAGAUCCUGCCCAACCCCGUCCGAUCCUGCUUGAUGGCCAAGAGGUCAACGUUACCCGAAAUCUCUACGAUGGCCUUGAACGAUUGGCCAAGUUCGAAAAGCCUCAACUCGGAAAGCUCUGGGUCGACGCGCUGUGCAUUAAUCAAACCGACGACACGGAGAAGGCACAUCAGGUCCAGCUUAUGGGUAGGAUCUACAGCAGCGCCCGCCGAGUACUCAUCUGGCUUGGACCCGAAGAUGACGCCAGUGUCGACGCUCUCCAUCAACUCAGUCUCCUGGGUAGUACACUCAAGGAUUUGAAAACUCGACCUGACUAUGGGCCUUCGAUCUGCCAAGCUUUUGUCAAGACUAUACUUGAGUGUUCGGGGACCAGCUUCAACUUUACUCACAUCCAUACCCUGUUUCAACGUCCUUGGUGGACACGAGUUUGGGUCAUACAGGAGGCUUUGCUCGCCAAGGAAGCAUACGUCAUGGUUGGUGACCACGCGAAGGACUGGAGCGACAUCCAUAGCGCUUGGAGUGCUUUCGAAUGGAUGAUACUCUACGUCGACACCGACCCGAAGUAUAAGCAGGUUUACGACGUGCUGAACGAGGUAUACUUCAAGAUCGCCCACUUUACUCAGGGCAGCAGCAGCAAGGAUGGCGGCACACAGAGCACAUCACUCUAUGAUGCCGUAUUUUUAUCGGCUUUCGGUGGUGCCAUACAGUCGACGGACCCUCGAGACCGGGUUUACGGACUCCUUGGUUUACUGAGUGAGAAGGACAGAGCCAGGAUACCGGUCGACUAUUCGAAGAAUAUGACUUUGGAGAAGUUACUGUUCUUCGUUACGAAAGUUUUGGUGGAAGACCAUGGACCAGAUAUCAUGUCCUAUCGUCGACCGACACCCCUUUCUGGCGCCACUCCGAGUUGGACUGUGGACUGGACUGCGAAGAUGAUAGCCACGAUAGGCGGUUUCAACUCCGGCUCGCACAAGUACAACGCAUCCAAUGGAACUGCUUGGGUGCCUGCGACACUCGAUGCUACUUUCGACGACCCAAGUAUUCGUCUUUCAGGCGUCCUUGUCGGUCAUAUAAAAGGCAUUGGCAGUACCCUGGACACUGCCGUGAACUCACCUUCGUACGUCGACAGAUGUAAGGAUUGGCUCUUGGAGCUUGAAGAUCUUGUCACCUCUCAUAUCGAAGAUGACCAUAAGCGGCAAGAUAUCAUGCCGAACCUAUGGAGGAUUCCAAUUGCUGAUAUGGGCCUCGUGGAACGCGCGAAGCCGGAAGACGGACAUCUACAGGGAUACCACGUAUUGACCGGAGCUGCAAAACCACCGCCCGAUGAUGCGCAAGGCGACUCAGUCGCUUCGGCUUCUUGGCCAUAUCGACGGGUCUGGAAGGUGUACGGUCAUCGCGCUUUCGUUCUCAGCACUGCCGGCGGAGCGCCCGGCCUCGGGCCAAGGGAUACUCGUCCGGGAGAUCUGGCUGUCAUCUUCUCUGGCGGCCACGUCCCCUUCGUCGUCCGCGAGUCAUCGCGGGGAUAUAGCCUUAUUGGUCCUGCCUAUGUCUAUGGACACAUGGACGGCGACGCAUACAGAAGUAUCACGGACGCUCAUGGUCUUCAGGAAUUCCAGCUGCACUAG